CACUCAGUCGUUCUCUGGUGCGCCGCACAUUUGUUUUGUUGUAAAAGGUUUCGGAACCCAGUUAUUUGUGCAGUCGGACUGUGGAAAAAAAAUGUUGUAAUAUUACCACAAUAGCACGGCCAGUGAUCUAUUCGGAAAAAAAGAUGUUGCAUUUGGCGUAGAGUGAUCGAGUGGCCCAACAUGUCGGACAAGGUAAGCACAUCCUUGGCAGCCCAACUCCAUUCCCAUGCCCUGGCAUCGGCAGAAGGUGGUGUUGGAGUGAAUGGUGGUCCUCCGGCCUGCCAUGCCAGCACAGAGAAGGAUAUCCAGGCCCCAUUGCAGUUCGAAAUGGAUGCACCGGCGGCUGCGAUCAGUGCCCAGCUGAACUUUAAAAUCGUGCCCGCUGAUAGUUUGCCAGGACUGAGCUAUCCGGACAUGUUCGCCUCUAUGAAUACAUCACAAAUCUCGAAUGCCUCCACGGAGUCCAGCUGCAGUCCGCCCAUCCAGGGCGUAGUACCGCCUCCAAAGCCCAGUCGUCACAUGGCCGUACAGCCGCUGAACAGCAAAUCCUGUCGAUUUCCCAAGCUAGAGGAGUGCGCCCACUUCCACUACGAACGGGUCCAGCUGGGUCCACUAUCCGUGCAGCUUUUAGAUGACAAAUCGGAGCACAUGGGCAGUAGUAUUGCCUCCCAGUCCAUUGGCGGUGAUCUGCCGCACAGCUCGCUGCGAAGCUUUUCCCCAGAGAGCUGUUGGUUUAUCAUCCGUGUGUGCCCACAGCGUUGCGAACCCUUUCUGAUCAAACGGAGCUUCGAGAACAUGCAGUUGCUGGACGAAAUGCUUCAUCGUUGCGUGUAUGAUCGGAAAAUCAGUGGGCUCCGCAAUAUGGAAGAACUGGCAGCUGAGCUGCCCAGCGAGUCGGAUGUGGAGUAUGCGGUAGCCAAGUACCUAGAGCGUUUCUCGAUGAUCGCCUCCGAUUCACUGACCUGCGGAACCAUUCUCACUUGGCUGCAGUUGGACAAUAAGGGAAGACGACUGCCAUUGGCGGAUGGUGAGACACAAAGGACCAUCAAUACCCCGGCAGUGGGAGCGGCCUAUGGUGUGAGGCGCUAUCAGGCUCAAGCUCCUGACGAAAUCAAUAUCGAGGUGGGCGACAUGAUCUCCGUGAUCGAUAUGCCCAGUCCGGCUGAGUCGAUUUGGUGGCGUGGCAAGAAAUCACAUCUGCAGAAGUCCCUCUACGAAGUUGGUUUCUUUCCCCAAUCCUGUGUGGCCACCAUUGGCGAUAAAGUACCGAGGAAUUUUCCAAUGCCUGCUCCUUUGGUUGGUCACCUGGAUGCUUCGCCCACUAAACCGGUACUCCGAAAGCAUGGCAAGCUAAUCGCUUUCUUCCGUUCCUUCAUCCUGUCGCGACCAUCACGUCGUCGCUUAAAGCAAAGCGGAAUUUACCGCGAGCGAGUCUUUAACUGUGACCUGUCUGAGCAUUUGCUAAACAGUGGCCAGGACAUUCCCAUGGUUCUCCGCUCCUGCGCAGAGUUUAUCGAGAAUUAUGGCGUUAUAGACGGAAUAUACCGGCUCUCUGGAAUCACUUCCAAUAUCCAACGGCUGAGGCGUGCCUUCGAUGAGGAACGUGUACCAGACUUGGGCAAUCCCGAAAUGAAACAGGACAUUCAUGCAGUUAGUUCGCUUCUCAAGAUGUACUUCCGUGAGCUUCCGAAUCCCCUAUGCACCUACCAGCUGUACGACAACUUUGUGGAGGCCAUCCAAGUGAAGGCCGACGAGGCGGACGAGCGGUUGCGACUUAUGAAGGAGACGGUACUCAAGCUCCCACCACCACAUUAUCGAACCCUUAAAUAUCUGGCCGAGCACCUGUACAAGGUGUCGCAGCACCACGAACGCACUGGAAUGACGGACAAGAAUCUGGCCAUUGUAUGGGCGCCAAAUCUUCUGCGCUCACCCGCCCUCGAAUCGGGUGGUGUGGCUGCCCUGCGGGGUGUGGGCGUCCAGGCGGUGGUUACUGAGUACCUGAUACGGAAUUGCCAUAACAUCUUCGACGCUUUAGAGGAUCACCCAUCGCGGCACAGCAUGGUGACGAGUACUGUCGCAGCAGCUGCGGUUGCAAAUCCGGGUGGAGAACUUCGUCUGGAGUCGCUUACCGAUUGCGAAAGUCUGUUAGUGGAGCAGCGGGAGCAAGAUCAAUCUUUGGGCAUGGUAGAGCGACCAAAAAGCCUGAGCACCGGUGGAGCCAAAUUGAUAAGUCUGGAGGAGGCACAGGAGAGGCAUUCUCGGGUAGAGGGUGCUGACCUGAAGCAGUCUCUGCCCAUUAGUAUGCUGACCAGUGCGAGUAGCAAUGCUGCCUCCAACAUUGGGUCAUAUAUCGAAGUGGGCGGUGGUCCUUCCAGCUUGCCGGACAAAUACCAUACUGUGCUCUCGGCACCACGCAGCUGGCAAAAGCGUAAGCCGGACAAGACCCCUUCGUGGAAGUCGAUAUUCACGCGUAGUCAGCGGCAGGGCAACGCCGAUCCCAGCCAGAAAAUCACUACGGAAACCAAGGAUUCCAUUGCUUCUCGCGUGAGCUUUGUGCAGGCCUCGCAAGCGCAUGCCAGCAAGGAACUGACAAAGAAUGACAAACCCAAAUCGAUUGAACUUCUAGAGACGACGAGCAAUGAACGAGAUCCAAAACCAAUGGACCUGUGCAUUCGCUCCAAUUCGAUUGAUAGUCUACGCACUGUUGGUCAUUCGAGAAGCGUUUCACAUGACUCUUACUUCGAUCUGUUGCAAUCGCCGCAAAGAGGUCACAUGACCACCUGCCCAUCGCGAGAACUCUCCGAGUUGGGUCUGAAUUUCGAUCGCGAGGAACCGGAAAUGCGUAUCUUCUCAGAAAGCGAGUCCUUGGUUAGCUCCCCGCGUGUGGGCAAAGAAAAUGUUCCACCUGCAUCCGGCUGUGCCACACGUCGCAUAAUGCGCGCCAGGCCUGAGGAGUUUUCCAGCCAAACGAAUAGCGUUAAUCCCAGUCCCAAGAAGCAGCCACGUCUUAAUCUACUAUCACCUAGCUCGGCCAGGACCAUGCCGCCACCGCCUCCCACAGCAGCUGGUGCUGCAUCUACAUCCUGUGGGCAUGAAUCCGCUGGAGCUGAGAACUGCUGCAAACGCUACAAGCUGGAAGAUCAGCUGUGUGACAUUCAAUUUAUUGACUGUGGAACUCCGGAAAAUGUGCCCACCACUCAACAGCAGUUCGCUAGUGUUGAAGUGCAUCCGCCGCCAAAGCCUGCAAGAGCAGCCCAAUCGCCGGUUUCGCCAUCAACGACUUUAUCAGCUGGUUCCUCUACACCUACCCGCUAUAGCUAUCCCUCAGUGCAGCUGGGAGCCAAGCGAAAGGAACAGCAGGCUGCCAAGGAGCGGUUUAGCUAUCAGGGAACCUUUAUGCAACCAGGACAAAAGCAGGAGCCUCCAGCUCCGAGGCCUGUGCAUACAAGCAACAGCGCUUUAUCAAGGAAACCUCGAGUGGAACCUAUCGAAGAUGGGCAGAUCAAGCUCUCUGUGCCCACGCCUACAACUCCAGGCCGCAGUCCUCGUUACUCCUUGUUGUUGUGCGACACCGAAAGCUCCGAGAACAGUUCGGCCGUAAACACGCCACAGUACGACAUGGAGCCACUGAUGUUAACCUCGGUUAUGUCCGGCAUAUCCGGAGUUUCUUCCAACAUGCAACAACAGCUUCUUUUAGGAGUGGAUGCGGCCAGCAGUUACAAUGGAAGCUCGCAUGAAAGUCUGGGACAGCAUUUCAACAACCUCCAGGAUCCAGAGCCACGUGAUAUGAAUGCUUUAAAACGAGAGUUAUCUUUAGAUCUUCACCCACUGCAGCCGCGCUUGCCGCAGCCGGCGAAUCGAGCUGCCACAUUGCCGGUCAAGGAACAACUGCAGGCAGGAUCGGCGGCAGCCAUGUGCUCCUCCCCCAAUAACUCCAAUUUUACGGACAACACUAGUCAGUCGGUAACGCCCAGCGAGUUCGGUUACCAGCAUUUGCAGCGGCAGCCGAGCAUGCACUCUCUGCUGGCCACCGACGACAGUUCACCAGUGUACGAAGACUUUCAACAGACUCCCGUUAAGAUGGUGGCCACCAGCCCCAUUAAAUCCACCAUUAGCAUCACCUACAAGUCGCCCGAGAAAGAGAAGAAACCUCCGGCACUUUUAGAGACUAAUUUCGAUGAAAACAUUGUUUACGAACAGGUGAAGCUGUUCCGAAACUCGGUCACGGAGGUGAAUCAAAUGUUACAUGAGCGAUCCAGUCUGAAGCAGAUCGCCGAGGAGGAACAGCAGGAUGGUGGUGCCUUUAAGGCAGCGGAAAUGACGCAGCAACUAUUGCAGCUGGAGCACCAAGAGCAGCCACCUGAAGAAGAGGUAGAAGAUGAUGAGCAGACCCAGUUGCUCUAUGAAAAUAUCGAGCUCCGUAAACCAAAAACAGUUUACGAAAAUCUACGUGGCGAGGAGAUGAAAUUCAUAAUAGAAGAACAGAAGCCAAGCAGUGAUAGAAUCGAACUCGACAGCCUAGACAGUUUGGCAGAUAACAUGGAGCAAGAGCAGACGUCACCCAGCAAGUCGCCCUCUUUCAGUGUCAAGGAGUUGGCCAACAAAUUUGAGAGUUCGCCGGUGGAGCAACUGCCCAGCUUUGACUUCUCAGUGCGCGGCGGAUCCAUGAAGAAGCCCAACGAACUGAGUGUACCCAAAGCAAUGCCUGCACCUGUGCCACUUAAAAAACUAAACAGCAGUGCCCAAAAAAUAACGCGUUCGCUGGAUGAAAACGCCUUCGUACGAGAGUUUGGCGGCAAGCAACUGCAGGAUUUGUCUGUUUCGGGCAAGUUACCCGAGGUUAUCUCAGAGGUAAACAGCCGGCGGAAGAGCUUUGACAUUACGCGACCUAAAACCCUGAAUCCACCUAAGCGUUUGCCGGGUAUGAGCAUCACCGAGGAGAUCUGUCAAAAGCGUGGUGGCGAGCCAGAGCUCAUUACCCCCACCACCGAGAAUCGCAUUUCGCUCAUCCAGCAGAAUAACGUACCCAAGGAGCAGCAGUCGGCAGCUAAUCAAUUCCUGCCCCCAGCGGGUCGAAAGAGCGUACUAACCGGUGUGAUCUUGGAUCGCGAGCGCAUCGACAAGAUAAAAGAGGAGCGUCGUCAGCAACUUACGCAGAAAUACUAUGGCGACACACUCAAAUCUCGAUCGCGUACAGAACUCAAUGCAGAAGAUAAUUUCCCGGCCACAGAAUCUCUACGCAUCAAGUCGAAGUCCCGUGGCGAUAUGCAUGCAUUGCAAAAGGACAUGGACAUGAAUCUGAAACAGUUGAGCCGCGUGACUGGUGGUGGAUCGGAGAGCACACUGCACACGGGCUUGAGCCAGGGUAAUGGACAGGAACAACAGCGGGUGCGCAGGAUUUCGGACGAGAAGAAUCAAAAUUGUGAUACCAGUAAUGGCGGCGUAAGUGGAAUAACUUCCACUUCACUGCUCAGCGUCAAGACGGCGGCGCAGAAGUAUGGAAGCACCAGCAAGGCGACUGGGAAUAAAUAUGAACGUGGCCAGCCGAUGCCGCGCGAGCGUUUGCAGCGGAAUUCUUUGGCCGAGAGCAAUACAGGCACCAACAAUAGAGAAAAGAUCUCACCACAAUUCUCAAUACGCGACGUGACUGCGAUGUUCGAAUCUCGUUCACAAAACCAAUAGGCUAUAAGGCAACUUUAGCAACUAAUUACAUCGAAAUAAUGAGACCGCUACCUACAUAUAAUCACAGUUCUGGAGCAGCAGUGUAUAUAGCGUAUAAAAGCAUAUAUAUUUUAUUUAGUUUUUAAUAUUUCUCUUAAGCGCAUUGAAAUUCUCGAAAGUGUUCUUUAUAUAAACAUAAACGGCGCAAGUGGCUCCAAAGACAUUCAGAUUUAUAACGCCGCGCUUAUUAUAACAUUUAUAAUGAUAAAUGAUUGAUGAUAAUCAUAUUGACGACGCUUUGCGCCUUGAAUCAUAUGCAAAAUUCAAUUUUGUUUUGAAGAAGCAUGAAGAGAGUUUAACUAAAAGACCAUCCUCAUUGUACCCCGAAAGACCCUCGAUCCUAAACAAUGCAUAUUGUUAUUGCAUUUUAGACGUUUCUUUGCAUAGGUGUUAAGUUUCAUUCGUUUAAACUUUAAAAUAACAAACAGAGAAUUCAAUUUUGAUUUGUUUUUGCGUGAUUUUGUAUCUCGAAUGUUUUAUUUUCUUGUUUUUUGCAACUAAAUUGUGACGCGUGUGUAUCGGAGAUGAUAAUUUUUUCUUAAUUUUACAAUGAAAGCAUUUUCAACAACUUUGAGCAAGUUGUCCUAAGUUAAUUAUUAUACGAUUAAUUUAUAUAUUUUUUAAACAAUAAACUCAAUUGCAUUGUCACUCAA